AUGUCUGGCAAUGGUUAUUCCGGAGAUGUUUUCGAGCUACCUGGUGAGCCUAUCAUGGAGGCACCUGCCCAUCCCCCGACAGCGGGUAAGAGUGGCAUCAAUCUGAAUGGUAUGUUGAUGCAGGUUUUGUCGUUCGAUUUAUUGAUUUAUGACCUGCGGCAACUAGAUACUGGCCGCGUUGAUAUCGACUGGGACUCAAAGUUCGUACGAGGGCUCUUGAAGCUCUAUACUGGUCCUUUCCUAAGAGUUCCUACUACACCACCGCCUGAAUAUUCUGAGCAGGAUGCCGAUGCUACCACCGUUAGGCUCGAUCACAUGUCGGAAUAUCUAGAACCAAGUAGGGAAAAUGCAAAAGGUUGGGUCGUCAAGUUGAACAUUGUAAUCCAAGUUGUGGGAAGUCGGGGUGACGUUCAACCUUUCAUUGCCCUCGGAAAUGAACUUAUGCGAUACGGACAUCGCGUGCGUCUGGCUACACACAACAUGUUCGAAGAUUUCGUCAGGGAACCGGGAUUGGAGUUCUACCCAAUUGGAGGCGACCCAAGAGAGCUGAUGGCAUACAUGGUCAAGACUCCGGGGCUCAUCCCUAACAUGGAGAGUUUUCGAGCUGGCGAGAUCCGUCGCAAGCGCGUCAUGAUUCGAGAGAUGCCCGAUGGUUGCUGGAGCUCAUGUAUAGAGCCGGAUAUGGUAACAGGUCAUCCAUUCGUGGCCGAUGCUAUCAUCGCUAACCCACCGAGCUUUGCACACGUUCACUGUGCUCAAGCGCUCAGCGUUCCGGUACAUUUGAUGUUUACUAUACCUUGGAGCAAUACAAAGUCUUUUCCACAUCCCCUGGCGAACUUCGACGCCGUCGAUCCAGAUCAGGGUUUCAAGAACUACGCCUCGUACGAUCUUGUCAACUGGCUUACAUGGCAAGGGUGA